ACAAACACACACACAUAUGAUGCUCUUAUUCUUGAUAGUAUAAAUGGGUAUAAAAGGAGCAUAACCCUCAAACUUAAUUCUUUGUACUUCUUACUAUCAUUGUAUUAUAUUACAUUAUAUCAUGAAGAUGUGUUGGGUUUUACUUCUGUUCUUUCUGUUUCUUAACUUUAAUUUUAAUAAUGGUUUUUCUAAGCCUCUUGUUCACAACAACAGCAAACUUCAACCUGCCGUUGUUGUUGGUACUGUCUUUUGUGAUACUUGCUUCCAACAACAUCUUUCCAGUUCUCACCAUUUCAUCUCAGGUGCUAGAAUUGAAGUAGAAUGUAGAGAUGAAAACAACCCAAUUGCCAGUUUCAAACAGCAAGUUAAAACCAACAAAAAUGGAAAAUUCAGAGUUGUUUUGCCAUUCUCAAUUGCUAAACAUAUCAAGAAGAUUGAAAGGUGUUCUGUUAAAUUGAUCAAAUCCAGUGAACCAUUCUGCUCUGUGGUCUCCUCUGCAUCUUCCUCUUUUCUCAAAUUCAAAAACUCAAAGAACAAAAAUGGAGUCCGCAUUUUCUCUGCCGGAUUUUUCACUUUCAAGCCUUUGCAACAACCCACUUUGUGCAAUCAGAAAUCUAACCCACAGCUUCCCUUUCCGCCACUUGUUCCGCCCGUAAUUCAGCCACCCUCGUUUUUACCGCCCAACCCCCUGCAGCCGACGCCACUCGUUCCCAACCCCUUUCAGCCGCCGGCGCCACUGAUCCCUAACCCAUUUCAGCCGCCGGCGCCACUGAUCCCAAACCCAUUUCAACCACCUGCUCCGGUGAUUCCUAACCCAUUUCAGCCGGCGCCAGCAACGGGUCUUCCUCUACCGCCUCUGCCGUUUAUCACUCCGUCGCCGCCUCCACCAACAUUGCUGCCGCCGUCGUUUUUGCCACCGUUUCUGCCGCCGAUCCCUGGGAUUCCGUCUGGUCCGCCUAGAGAGGAAACUUCUUCACCGAUCAAACAGAGCCCAUGAAGGAUGACUUUUCAUUAUAAUUAAUUAUGGUUAAGAUUGUUUUUUCUUUUCAGAUGAUUAUGAUUUGUAGUUAUAUGAUUAUGUGUUAUGGAUUAGUAUAAUCUGAAACAAAAUUAGCAUAA